CCGUCGAUUUACACGCACCGCCGCCGCCGGUAACGGCAACAGAAUAAUAUAAUAUACAAUAAUAUUAUUGUUUUGCGAUUCUCUGACGUUUUCGCGCGUCCAACGACUGGCGCCCGAGCCGCGGACCCGUGCGCAAUUCGAUCAGAUAUACAGGUAGGCACCGCCGCGUGGCCUACGCGAAAAUGUCAUAGGAUGUCAUCGAGUCGGAUUCGCGCGCGCAUUUAAACGCUGCGACGCGACCGUCGACUGUUUGCGAUGGACGUGCCGACCGCGGGACGAGCCGCGCCGUUCAGCUGUAAAACCAGGAGGAUGGUCACGUGAAACCAGGACGAUGCCCAGACCGUGCAGAGAGUCGUACGGCGACCAAAAGCCGCCGUACAGCUACAUAUCGCUCACGGCGAUGGCCAUAUGGAGCGCGCCCGAAAAAAUGCUUCCGCUGUCGGACAUAUACAAAUUCAUUAGCGACCGGUUUCCGUACUACCGAAAAAACACUCAAAGGUGGCAAAAUUCACUGAGGCACAACCUGUCGUUCAACGAUUGCUUCGUGAAAAUACCCAGGCGGCCCGACCGGCCGGGCAAGGGCGCCUACUGGGCCCUACAUCCGGCCGCCCUGGACAUGUUCGAGAACGGAUCGUUCCUAAGGCGCCGCAAGCGGUUCAAGUUGCCGGCCGCAGAUCGUGCACUGCUCGAGGCCACUUUCGGACGGCCGUCGUCGGAAUCGCCGCGUCUGUCGACGGUGAGCGCGGCCACGCCGACGGAACCGCAGCCGAAGCUGUCGUCGACGACUACAACGACGACGACGACGACAACGGAACACCACAAGCCCAAACCGUUCAGCAUAGAGAGCAUAAUAGCGCCGUGUAUCGGCCGACCUGCUGCCGUUGAGUCGCCACCCUCGCCGCCGCCGCCGGCGGCCGACCGGCCGCGAUAUCCGCCGCCCGUGUGUCUGCCGCCCGCGCACAGGCCCCUCGUGCAGGAUACGCACACGGUCGGAUAUGCGGCCCUGUACGCCGCCGCCCUGCAAGGAUUGCUGCAGCAACCGUUUGCCGCCGCCGCAGCCGCAGCCGCCGCGGCGGCCGCCAACGUGUUCCCCGGACCUUCCGCCCCACUACCGCCGUUUCAUUAUCCACACUCGAUGCCGCCUUUCCCUCAACUCUCCAACUUCACAAACUUGGACUGUGGCUUGGAAACCAUGGUAGGACCGUUAAACUUUGCUGAAAGGAGAAGGGACGAAGCGUAACGGCCAUUGCGGACUAGCUGUAGGUUAUACACUCACUUUUAGCUGUAUACAUUUUUUGUGUAUCGUUUUUUCGAUUGUAGAUCAAAGGCUACUUUAUGCAUACUUAUAUACAUAUUUAAUACAUACAUAAGUUUGUAAGUCUACAUUGAGUUUACUCACAUAUGUAAGUAUAUACUCGUACAAGUAUGAUAUAUGAUUUUUUUUUCUAUAUAUAAUAUAUAUAUUAUGUAACUAUUGCCGUUUG